AGUCCCGGGGCCGCUCCCGGGGUCUGUCCUGUGGCCGGUACCGGAGCGGGACGAUGGAGUGGGGGGGGUGGCGGGGCCGGUGGCUUUCUGCCCCCCCGGGGGCGGUCCCGGGGCGGGGCCAGGGCGGCAGUUGGGGCUUUGGUAACCGGGGGUUGCUCAGACUUGCUCGGGACUUCCCCGGACGUGCCGGUGCGCUCCGCCGCCCCGGGCACCGACGGGCACCGGAGCAGGCCAUGCCGCCGCCGCCGCUGCUCCCGAUGCUGCCGCUGCUGCUCCUGCUCUGCCCGCGCCUGCCCCGCGCCGACCCGCUCUCCUACCCCGCCGUGAUUUCCCCCCAGGACCCCACCCUGCUGAUCGGCUCCUCGCUGGUGGCCACAUGCACGGUCAGCCCGGACUUUCCGCUGAAAGCCGAGGACCUGUACUGGACACUGAACGGGCGGCGCCUCCCGGCCGCCUCCUACGCCGCCCUGGGCCCCUCCACGCUCAGCGUGGCCCUCGCCCGCCUCAACGGCUCCAGGCAGCAGUCGGGGGACAACCUGGUGUGUCACAGCAGAGAUGGUGGCAUCCUGGCCGGUUCCUGCCUUUAUGUUGGAUUACCCCCAGAAAAACCAGUCAACAUCACUUGCUGGUCCAAAAACAUGAAGGACCUGACCUGCAAGUGGGCGCCAGGGACAGAAGGGGAGACCUUCCUGCACACCAACUACACCCUCAAAUACAAGCGCAGGUGGUACGGCCAGGACAACACCUGCCAGGAGUACCACACGGCCGGAACCUACUCCUGCCACAUCCCCAAGGACCUGGCCCUCUUCACGCCCUACGAGAUCUGGGUGGAGGCGUCCAACCGCCUGGGGGUGGCCGUGUCCGACGUGGUCAUGCUGGACAUCCUCGACGUGGUCACCACGGACCCGCCGUCGGACGUGCACGUCAGCAGGGUGGGCGACCUGGAGGACCAGCUGAGCGUGCGCUGGAGCUCCCCGCCGGCCCUCAAGGAUUUCCUCUUCCAAGCCAAGUACCAGAUCCAAUACCGCGUGGAGGACAGCUCCGAGUGGAAGGUGGUGGAUGAUGUGGGCAACCAGACCUCGUGCCGCCUGGCCGGCCUGCGCCCCGGCACCGUCUACUUCGUCCAGGUGCGCUGUAACCCUUUCAGCAUCUACGGCUCCAAAAAAGCCGGCAUCUGGAGCGACUGGAGCAACCCCACGGCCGCCUCCACCCCACGCAGCGAGCGAGUGGCGGGGGGCUGCGACCCCAAAGGGGGGGAGCAGAACACGACGCUGCGGCGGGAGCUGAAGCAGUUUUUCGGGUGGGUGAAGAAACACGCCUACGGCUGCUCCAACCUGGGCAUCAAACUCUACGACCAGUGGCGCGUGUGGCUGCAGAAAUCGCACAAAACACGCAACCAGGGUCCCACGUGCUAG